AUGAUAUCUGGUUAUAUUGUCGUUGAAUCAACUCUAAUUUCGAUUCUGAAGGACAGGCUUGUAGUGACAUUAGAAGAAAACUUCAGAGAAGAGUUGAGAAACAUGUCUUUUCCAAAUCAAAGUUUUUGGAUGGGUAAAAGUGAUGGGGAGAUGGCGUCUUAUGAUAAUGCUUCUAAGCGUUCUCAUCAAUGGCUUUUGGAUGGCUUUGAGGCUGAGUUACUUCCAAACAAGAAACAUGCGGCUGAGCUUUCUACCAGCAACUUGUUCUCUGAAGUGAUCAACUCGAAUGACCCCGCUUGGGGAAACAAUUUCUGUUUUCAGCCUGUUCCUUGUCAGUUUACAGAACGGUUGUUUGACACAGAAACUGCAAGCGCAGCUGAUAUCAAAGAUAAAAACGUUCAUCCGGUUAACAUUGAUCACUCUUUUGGUUUGUCAAUGUCUCACACACUUGACGAGGAUUCCAAGAGUGGAGUUAGCUACGGUGGAAUCAGAAAAGUGAAAAUCAGCCAGGUGAAGGAAUCUGAUAGUUUUGUAUCAUCGUCUACAAAUGCACUGAACUACCACAGGACGGACAACAAAGCUGUGUCCAUGACUAAUACGUAUAGGCUUGAUGAGAAUGCCAUGUGCAUGGGUCUUGCAUUUGGUGAAGAGGAGAAUAUGAUCGCUGAAAGUUACGAGAGGGAGACUGGUCUCUUUAUAUCAAUGGGGCAACCAUAUAGUAAGGGCAGUGAUGAGAAUAUAUCUUUGGCUUCUUACAAUGAUGACAACAGUUUUGCUUCUGAACUUGCUUUCGACAAGGUUGACAGUAAUUUAAUAUCCAUGGGUCAAUCAUACAACCACGUUGAUGAGAAUGCUAAAGGCCUUUUUGUUCACAAAGAAAGCACACUUGUAGGUAGAGAUGGGGUAUAUAACAGGAACAGUAACGUUGUGCAAGAUUCUUGUAACAAGGGACAGAGUACAAUAAUAUCUUUUGGUGGUUCCAAUGAUGAUGCUGCUAAUAACUCUGGCUACGAGUUCUUGAUGUCUCAGUCCACACCUCACUUAUCUGAAACUCCAACUAGCAAAGAUUUGGUUGGAUGUAGAACCAACGUGCUUGCUAGCAGCGAGGUUACCUUCUCUAAUACCGAUGUCUCCGUGAAGAAAGAAGAAACAAAAGUAUCAAAGAAACUUCAGAACAAUAGUUUUCCUUCUAACGUAAGGAGUCUACUGUCUACCGGUAUGCUUGAUGGAGUUCCAGUAAAAUACAUUGCUUGGUCACGUGAGAAGGAGCUUCAUGGUGUUAUCAAGGGCUCUGGAUACCAAUGUGGAUGCGACUCGUGUAACUCCUCUAAGGUGGUGAAUGCAUAUGAAUUUGAACGGCACGCUGGUUGCAAGACCAAGCAUCCUAACAAUCAUAUUUACUUUGAGAACGGGAAAACUAUCUACGGGAUAGUUCAAGAGCUUAGAAACACACCACAAGAUUUGCUGUUCAGUGUUAUCCCAACAAUGACUGGAUCCACUAUCAACCAAAAGUCUUUCCGUCUAUGGAAAGAAUCCUAUUUAGCUGCUACACGGGAGCUUCAGCGUAUUUACGGGAAGGAAGAAGGAUACCUGCUCUGA